AUGAAUAAUAUAUAAUUCACACCUGAGGAAGAUCAAUAUUUUAGGCAACUUUGGAGCAUACUUGAUCCUUAAGUAAUUAAAAGAUUUAAUUGAUUAGGGAUUUGGAAGUGUUAAUGAUAAAGAGUCUAUAACAUUUUUCAAAAAAAGUCAAUUACCAUCAGACAAACUAAAAGCUAUUUGGGUGAGGGCUGUAUAAAAUACUGAAAAAAAAUUAUACACAUCAGAAUUUUUUAUUAUGAUGAAAUUGAUAGCAUAUUGUCAAAAUGGAUUUGAAUUGACAGAUUAAUUACUGAGUGAAAAUAAAUAAGUUCGUUUACCAGUUAUAGAUGGAUUUCCACUUCCAUAAUAAGCAAUGCCAGCUCCUGGACUUGAUGCUAUUCAAUAAUAAUUUCCUUAAUCUUUUCAAAUUCCUAUGGCUCAAUAAUAUUAAACAGCUCCUGUUCUUAAUUAACAAUAUUACAAGCCACCAUUAGUUUAAGCUGCUCAAUAGGAAAUUUCAAAUCAAUUUGAUAUAAGCAAUGAACUAUAUGAAAAAUACAAUUUACAUUAUUAAUAAUAGGAUAAAAAAUAGUAAGGAUAUAUUGAAGGUGAAAAUGCAAAGGCUAUUUUUUAUAAAUCUGAAUUAUCAGCUUAAGUAUUAAAAGAAUUAUGGGCACUUGUUGAUACAAAUCAGAAAGGAUUCCUUUUUAAGAAUGAAUAUAUUGUUGCUAUUCAUUUAAUUUCUUGUUGCAGAAAAAAUAUUCCACUUCCUUUAGUUUUACCUGAAUCUCUUUAAAAAUUGAUCGCUUAAACCUAACCUCAAUCAUCUAACAUAAUAAAAGAUACAAAAGUCUCAUAUGAGAUUCCAUAAUAAAUUUCUCAAUUUCAAGAGACAAGAGUUUAAUCUGGUUAAUAGUAAUAAUAAUUAUAGAACAGUGAAUUGCAAGCAUUAAAUACAUAAUAAACAUAAUUAUAAAAUUAAUUGAAUUCAUUGAUUAUGCAAUUUUCUAAUAACUCUAAUAAUUAAGCUUAAAAAUAAUUUAUUUAAUGGAAAUAAAAUGAUGUCGAAUUUUUAAAUUAACAAAUCAAUAAUUUAUAAUAAAUUUUUAAUAGUUUGAAAGUAUAAGAAUCAGAAAUCUAAGCAGAAAUAUAAAGAUGCUAAACUUAAACCUAAAUCUAAAAAGCUCCUGUUUUAUAGUCUUAAUAAAUAGAUUAUCCAAAACAAAUUUAUUAAGGUAUGUAUAUGAAUUAACCUUAAAACUUAAAUACUAAUUUGAAUAAUUAUCCCUCUUUGUCAGUUGAUAAUACUAAUCAUGAAGUUAAUUAUUCAUUAAAAGAUGGAUAUGAAAAUUAUCAAAAUAAAAAAUCAGCCUCAGAUAUUCCAUGGUGAAG